UAUUACUCCUGGCCCCUUGCUUUUCUUUAUCUAUUCCCCUUCCAUUGCAUUGCAAGGCCAAGCCAAGCCUCCCUAAGUCUCAAAGCAACCAAGCCAGCAGAACCAAACAAGAAGCCAACCAAGAAGAAGAGCAGAGGAAAGCAAGCGAGCAAGGAGGAGGAGGUAGCUUGGCGAGAGGUGAUCGAAGAGGUGGCUGCAGCAAUGGCGGCUGACCUGGGGUUCGAGGAGACCGAGCUCCGGCUGGGCCUGCCCGGCGGCGGCGGCAGCGGCGGCGGAGAGGGAGAGGCGAGGAGCUCCUCCGGGAAGAGGGGCUUCGCCGAGACCAUCGACCUCAAGCUGAAGCUGGAGCCGGCGGCCGCGGCCGUCGACGUGAAGGACGAGGAGGCGGCGGCCGAGGAGGGCUCGGUCGUGGCCGCAGCGACGGAGGAGUCGCCGGCCGGGAAGAUGAAGAGGUCGCCGAGCCAGAGCAGCGUCGUCACCGCCGCCGCAGCGCAGCAGCCCGACCCCGCCGAGAAGCCGCGCGCGCCCAAGGCGCAGGUGGUUGGAUGGCCGCCGGUGCGGUCGUUCCGGAAGAACAUCAUGUCCGUGCAGGCCGAGAAGGGCGCCGGCGGCAAGGACGUCGACAAGUCCUCGUCGGCCGCAGGAGCCGGCGCCGCGUUUGUGAAGGUGAGCAUGGACGGCGCGCCGUACCUGCGCAAGGUGGACCUGAAGAUGCACAAGAGCUACCAGGAGCUGUCAAAGGCGCUUGAGAAGAUGUUCAGCUCCUUCACCAUUGGAAGCUGUGGGUCUCAAGGGAUGAACGGCAUGAACGAGAGCAAGCUGGUGGAUCUGCUGAACGGCUCCGAGUACGUGCCGACCUACGAGGACAAGGACGGCGACUGGAUGCUCGUCGGCGACGUCCCAUGGGAGAUGUUCGUCGAGUCGUGCAAGCGCCUUCGUAUCAUGAAAGGAUCAGAAGCCAUUGGCCUCGCACCAAGGACCAUGGAGAAAUGCAAGAACAAAAGCUGAGGAGAAGAUGGACACAUGCAUCUGAACACAUGGGUUUCAUCAGAUGCAAGAACCAGUCCAGUCUCUAUAGCUUUGCAGCUUUGCUCGUUUCUGUAUCAUACUCCCUGUUCUCCAAGCCUGUACCUCCUGAUCAGCGAAGUCAUUUUGGUGUGUCAACUGUCCUAUCUGUUCCAUUGAGUCAGUCAGUCAGCCAGUCAGUGUUCAAGUCUCAUCUUGUCAUGUACAAAAGAGAGAAGCCAUGAACAUGUGUACUACCUGUCCCAUAACAAUGUCCUUUUGCUCUACCUCUACCUCUUCUUUUUCCCCCUCUUCUUGGCACAAAAUGCAAAGGCAUCCUGCUCCUAAUCAAGGGGCCUUGUUGCAUCUUGUGCAUCAAAAGUUGUUUUAUUAUUAUUAUCACCAUGGUGUGUCAAUGGAACAAAUAAUUAUAAUUAUUGCAAGGUGUUAAAUUGUGUUGUA